AUGGAAUUGACCUCAUCCAUUUACGAUAGCCAGAGCGAUUUCGAGACAUUUGGAGGCGGAUUUGGUGGUGACCUGGAGCAUGGGCUGGUCAGUGGAAAAGGGGCUCACUGGAAACGUAACAGGAGUAUUAUAACUCCAGCAUUUUCAUCUGGAAAACUUCGUCAGAUGGUGCCCUGUAUCCAGGAAUCGUGUGACACUCUUUUGAAGACAGUUCGCAACGCCAUGAAAACGACGGACAACGGUCAACAAAUGGAAAUAAAUAGGCUAUUUGGAGGAUUCACUAUGGACGUGAUAAGUUCUACAGCUUUCGGUAUCCACGUGGAGUCCCAGACCAACCCAGAUGACCUGUUUGUAAAGCACGCUAAGAGGAUGUUUGACAUCUCAUUUACGAAACCUUGGAUGCUUGCUAUAUUAUUUUUUCCGACGUUAAAACCCUUGUUUGUGAAGCUUGGAGCUUGCCUCUUUCCACUUGACAGCAUGGCCUACUUUCGUAAACUCACUUUUCAGCUUCUGAAAGAAAGGAAAAGUGACAAACAGGUAGGUCGGAAAGAUUUUCUACGACUGAUGGUUGACGCCCAGGAAGGAAGAUUGGAACUGGAUCCCGAAGAUGAGUUUUCGAGAGAACAAAGCGGAAUCUCGUCAAAACCAACUCAUCUAGGCCUUACUUCAGAAGAAAUUUUGGGAAAUGUAGAACUAUUCUUUGUUGCGGGGUACGAAACCACGGCUACAGCAUUGACAAUGACAGCGUACAACCUCGCUACCCAUCCAGAAUGUCAGGACAAAUUACGUCAAGAAAUUCAGGAAAAGAUCGGAUCGGACAAAGUGGAUUUCGACAAUGUCAAGAAACUAGACUACCUCGACAUGUGUAUCAAUGAGUCAAUGCGAUUGUACCCUACGGCGGUAAGAUUUGAUAGAACAUGUGUGAAGACUACAAAGGUCAAGGACAUUACGAUACCAGCCGGGAUGGUGGUUAGUGUACCUGUGCAUGCGAUUCAUCAUGAUCCGGAAGUUUGGGUGAAACCGGAUGUUUACAAUCCAGAAAGGUUUUCGGCAACAGAAAGAGCGAAGCACGACCCAUUGGACUACAUACCUUUUGGAUAUGGUCCCCGUCAAUGUGUUGCCAUGCGACUCGCUUUAAUGGAAGCAAAAAUGGCAACGGUUUAUAUGUUACGCAACUUCCGCUUUUGCGUUGGUAGUAAAACAGAAAUUCCACCGACAAUGGAAGAGAAAGCCAUAGUGAAACCUGUCUCAUUGUGGUUAAAGUUAGAAGAAAUCAAGUGAGAGAAUAUGUCCCAGACGGUGAAUAAAUAUGCCUAAUCAGCAACAGGAUUUAUCACAUAUACAAGUCUGUGACUAAACACAUUAUGUUUUUAUCGCAUUGCAGUGGACGAAUGUAAAAUGUGAUCACGUGAUAACUAAUGAUGCGCUUAUUGCCCUACGUGAUGUAUUGACGUCCCCGGUCUUAGUCGACAAUACUCUCUUUGUUGCUUCAAGAAUUCCACACGUCGGGGAAUGAAUGGUAUCCUGUUAUAGGAUCAUACCACCAUUAUCCUUAACAUUCGUGGCUUGAUUCUGAAAUUCCUAUCCCUGGAAUAGUGAUUCCACAAGGAAUAUUCCAAAGGAUAUCACACAAUUCGGUGGCAGACUUCACUUUCAUUUUGUCAUAGUAUAGGAUCUCGUCGUUGACGUCAUUUCGAGACAUUGGAAAGGAAGAAGAAGAAUAAGAGAUUGGUCCGGAAGGUUAAGCGUUCUUGUGUGUCAUUUUACGAAACCCGCCGUUCAAAUCUAGGUCAAAGCUUGCUAAAGGCACACUCUCAAAAUGACAACCAAUCACCAAACAUACACGCCGAUAUAUCAUCGAACACGGCUUUCCAAAUGAUAUCAACCAUAAAACUUUCCCAAGGUUUCAACCUUUAUCUCUCAAAGCCUUGUGUUGUCCGUCAGCAGGCGAUAUCUGUCAUUGUGAUAAUGGAACCACUCUCUUAGAUAUCGAAUCAACAGGGACAUGUAAAUAUCGACGAUACAUUUAGGAGGUAUAUGGAUGUUAAAGUAUCCGUUUCACGACAGGACUAUGACUCAAUAGUACAAAGAUUGACUGAAAGACUUAUUUGAACAACUUCUAUAGUCAACAAUAAAAAGGUGUGGAUAGGAUGUCUAAUAAAGUUAAGGAAACUUAAGUUAAACCAACAUUUUGAAAGAUUGCAACACUAAAUGAUUAUCGUGUAUUAGUCGAUUAAAUCCCAUGUCGUGUUUUUAAGGAAGACUAGCUCUUUUCGCGAACAGGAAAUGAAACGGUUGUUCUGGGAUCAAUUCAUUGAAUUAUUCACUGUAUGUUCAACCACAAACUGUCAGAUGGGUCGUUUAGUGACAUUUUGACGGGGGAUCAUUAUGUUUCUUCCUUCGACUUGUAUAAUAAAAUUCAUUUUUGUUGCUAUUCGCUAUGAUAAAAAUCGAUAAUUCGUACCUAUGUAUGACCAACUCUAAUUAGUAGUUUUAAUCUAUUAUAUAUGCUGUAAUUACAUUGCCUUAAUUCGGUGAUAGUAUGAAAUACAAAGUUAAAAUAUUGAU